CUUAUAGCCAAUCAGAAUAGAGGAAAAUCUUUACUGCAUGUGACCUGACUUCCGAAUUAUAACUUCCUGAUUAGAGGUACAGUCCCUACUACAGCAUGUCGCAGAUUAAUUACAGCAAAUGGGAUCACAUUGAGAUCUCUGAUGACGAGGAUGACACGCACCCAAAUAUUGACACAGCUAGUUUGAAUCGAUGGCGCCACCAAGCCAGAUUGGACAGGAUGGAACAACAGCAGAAAAAGAAAGAUGACUUGGCUAAGGAUCGUGACAGACAUCAACAGAAAUUAGUUGAUAUGAAACACAAGCUGAAAGAGGCAGAGGAGCAAGCAUCAGCUGAUAUGGGGAAGUUGAAGAUAGAAGUGUCGGAGUUGGAGAAGCAAGAAAAAGACUUUAAGAAGAAAGAAGAAGACCUCUUGAAAGAAGAAAGGCUAACUCCCCUCAACAUCGACACAAUAUGCCAUGAUGGAAUGUCCAAAACCGUGAUCAACAAACCCAAACCACCUCCAGCUGCACUCUCUGAUGAAGAGAAAGCCAAGAAACAGAAAGCAUUCUCCAGCAAAUACAAAGACAAGAUCAAGAAGUAUGGGUUGCUGAAACGCUAUGAGGACAGCCAGGAGUUCCUGACUGAAACACCAGAACUUGUCUGUGACGAGACUGCCAACUACCUGGUGCUGUGGUGUGUGGACCUCGAAAUCGAAGAGAAACAUGAGCUAAUGUCCCAUAUAGCUCACCAGGUGAUUGUCAUGCAGUUUAUCCUAGAGCUGGCCAGGUCCCUGGAAUGUGACCCACGCAGCUGUGUCCGGGCCUUCUUCUCCAGGAUCAAGCUAGGAGAGAAGCAGUACAUGGAUGCUUUCAACGAUGAGCUGUCAGCCUUUAAGGGUCGUGUGGUGUCAAGGGCGAGGACUCGGGUAGAGGAAGCCAUGAAGGAGUAUGAGGAGGAGGAGCGACAGAAACGCCUGGGACCAGCUGGACUUGACCCACUGGAAGUGCUGGAGACUCUGCCUGAGAGUUUGAAGAAAUGUUUUGAAUCAAAAGACAUUGAAUUGUUAAAGAAAACGAUUCUUGAGCUCUCCAAAGAAGAUGCAGAGUACCACAUGAAGCGAUGUGUUGACUCUGGACUGUGGGUGCCCAAUGCAGCAGACUUGCCAGAGGGCCAGAACACAGCAAAUGCAGCUGAAGGCCAGAACGGAACAUCAGUGGAAGAGGAAGAAGAGGAAUACUAUGACACAGUUGACUGAGAGGGAGAUGUAACGUCUUGUUUUAUAAAAGCGCUGUCAAUACAAGUCUUGUCAAUG